UAGAUGGCCAAGAGCUACCUUUGCUGAAGUUAUUUUAUUUAGUUUUAAGAGAAAGAACCAACCAAUAUUGCUGACAAAGAACAGCAUUGUCUUUUCUGGACCAUGGCUUCCAUGCUCCCAACAACUGCAACUACACUUCAACACAAUCACACAAUCUGCUUCUCUCCUCUGAAACCCACCUCCCCAUGUAACAUUUCUUUCUUAACAAAUAACAGAAACUCAGCAAAGUGCAGUGCAAUUUUUGAUAGCAUCCCCAAAGACUUGAUGGGGAGCACUUUUUAUUUGGACCAGUUUCCUGUAUUCAAAUCUGUCUUGUUGAAGUUUCAGAGUGUAAAUGAAGACUUAUCAGACAUGCAGAGGUGGGGGUUUGUGAUUUUGGCUGGGAUGGCAUGGGCUUACUUAACUGCAAGGCCAGGUGUUCUUGUUGGAGCCAUUGAUGCAUACUUUUUGGCUCCAAUGCAAUUGGUUUUGGACAGUUUAUCAGGAAGGAGAAAUCUGAAGAGGACUGAUUUCCUGAUUGGAGAUAAGCUGGGAGAAGGGUCAUUUGGUGUUGUUUAUUCAGGUGUUUUGGUGCCAAAGAAUGUAGAUGUAAAAGAGAGGGUGCAAAAGAGUGGAAGAGGCACAAAGUUGGAUUUCAAAUAUAAGGAUAAAGUCAUUCUUAAAAAGGUAAAGGUUGGAAUUGAAGGGGCUGAAGAAUUUGGUGAUUUUGAGGAGUGGUUCAAUUACAGACUCUCUAGAGCAGCUCCUGAAACAUGUGCUAAGUUCAUUGGAAGUUUUGUAGCCGAUAAAAGCAGUUCACAGUUCACAAAAGGUGGAAAAUGGCUUGUUUGGAAGUUUGAGGGAAACCUUUCUCUUGCUGAUUACAUGGCUGAUCGCAACUUCCCUUCAAACUUAGAGUCUGUCAUGUUUCAACGCGCCUUGCAAGGUGUAGACUCUUCAAAACGAAAUGCAUUGAUCAUCAAGCAAAUAAUGCGCCAGAUCAUUACAUCUCUGAAGAAAAUUCACAACACCGGCAUUGUUCACCGGGAUGUAAAGCCUGCUAACUUGGUGGUUACCAAACGGGGGCAGAUAAAACUCAUUGAUUUUGGUGCAGCAACUGACUUAAGGAUUGGAAAGAAUUACGCUCCUGAUUUUACGCCUUUGGAUCGCGACUACUGCCCCCCUGAAUUAUAUGUGCUACCAGAAGAAACACCAAGUCUUCCAUCAGAGCCAAUUGCAGCUUUACUUUCACCAAUCUUGUGGCAGUUAAAUAGUCCCGACCUGUUUGAUAUGUAUUCUGCUGGGAUUGUACUCAUGCAAAUGGCAGUACCAGCCUUGAGGUCUCCAGCAACUUUGAAGAAUUUCAAUCUGGAAAUAAAAACAUUCGGAUAUGAUUUGAACAAAUGGAGGGACUCAACUCGCAUCAAGUCUGACUUCCAAAUUCUAGAUGCUGACUCUGGUAGAGGAUGGGACUUGGCGACAAAGCUUAUCUCCAAAAGAGGUUCUCAAGGAAGAGGACGUUUAUCCGCUGCUGCAGCUUUGAGGCAUCCUUAUUUCCUUCUCGGUGGUGAUCAGGCAGCUGCUGUGCUUUCAAAAUUAAGAUUAAGUACAAAGUGAACUUCCUAUACAUCUAUUUUCUUCAGGAGAAGCUCAUAUGAUAUGGAUACAAAGGCAGGAUUUUGAAGACCAACUGAUACAUAAAUUAACUGCAAUAAGUUUCAGGAUUUUGUUCCAAUUUUUCUGUGUUUAAGCCAGAGGAGUUUGGAAGAUAUGAAGGAAACUUUGCCAACCUAAAUGUGCAUCUUCCUUCUAUUCUAUCUGUUAAAGUCAGUGCGUGGCUUAUUCAAAAUUCAGGAGGGAGUGCCUUAUAAGGGUGGAAUCAACCUUCUCAUAAAAUUUUUCUUCAAGAGGUGAAUGUUCAGUGGACCUCACUUGUAAUGCCGAGGCUCAAAACACAAUAUAGAAGUAAAGGAAGCCAUAAUAUAUUGGCAUUCUGAUAUGUGACGUUGUGGUGUUUUACAUAUUCAAUGAAAUUACUUUUAAGAUGAGAUAUGUAUUCAAUUGCAUUUGGAGCUUCCAUUUGACUAGUGUAUUCGUACAAAAUGCUACUUUUAUUGAGUACACUACUGCCUUAUUUAUUUUAUCAACA